AUUUAAUGCAGCGAGACAGCGACAGUAGCAGAAAAAGGUCCAACGACAGCACAGCUAUUGAGGUGCAAAAAAUGUAACUACACAUACGAAGAUUGGUUGCGUACACUGAAGAGCCGAUACUUCCAUCACACAACGGCAACAAAUAAUUAAUCAGUCCCGGUUCUUUCAUUUCGACGCACUUGCAAUGGCUACUUUGUUGCAUCACUUUGUUGUGAUUUUGUUCAUUUUGUAUGCUGCGUGUAUGGCCUGGGGUCGCGCGGCUAAUUCAAAAACGGUGCCUACGUCGUUGGUAGACAGCGGCAAACAGCUAUUCGUCUUUGGCAGCGGCAAAGAGACGAGUCCGCCAGACUUUGUGCGCUUGGUUGUGAUGCGGCUCAUUUAUGGAUUGGCCUCGACAAUGGGACUAGAAGAGCGGCUAGAGGAUGCUUUCAAUGGCGCCUUUGUGCCACCGAAUGCAGACGACGGGUUCUUCAGUUUCGGCGGUUCCGAUUAUGAUGGGGGCGAUGAUGGUGGGCUGGGUGCACUCUUCGAUGAUUUCUAGAAAGUAGUGAAGAGCAUAAUCUGUUUGUGUUUUUAAUAAGUAAAAUUUAAGUUUUUAAGCAAUUGACGAUGGGCCAAAGUGAAGAUAAGAACUUAAUAUAGUGACCAAAAAAUUAAUAUAGGUGCGUUUAAUUGUAGUAAUUAAUUUUAAUUUUGUAAUACUUUCUAAGUAAAUGUGCAGAAAAAAGCAGAAAGUGGUACUGCUUUUUUGUAACCGCACAAAGAGUGUUUGCUUUUAGUUAUGUAAUAAAUAGAAAACGUAUUGAAAUCUGUUACACAUGUGUUAAAAAUAAAAAAAUUAAAAAUUAGUUAUGAAACCAAAA